GGGUGGGGCUGCAUGUCUGUUUUGCAAGCUAGACUGUGGAGUACACACCCUUAGAACUAUAUAAGAGCAAUGGCUACUAUAGUUGGAUUUGAUUGUGAGUUCCUGGAGCCUCCACCUGAUGUUCUCCAGACAGAGUGUCCUGUUUGUCUCCAGAUCAUUAGAGAGCCCCACCAGGUCACAUGCUGUGGAAAGAAGUAUUGUGCAUCAUGUAUCCAGUGUGUUCAGGACAGUAACAGUUCUUGUCCAACUUGCAAGGCUGAACUUUUCCAUAGCUUCCUUGACAAAGGAAUCAAACAAUCGCUCUAUGGUUUGAAAGUUCACUGUAGCCACCAGAAAGACGGGUGUGAGUGGACGGGGGAACUGAGACAGCUUGAUGAGCACCUCAACACAGAUCCACUGCCAGAGACACAACUCGAUGGAUGCCCCCUGACAAUCAUCAACUGUGACUUCCACCACGUAGGCUGUGCUGUGAAACUCCCUCGACAAGACAUGCCAGAACACCAGAGAGAGAGCCUACGCAUUCACUUGUCUAAGAUAGCGAUAAACUAUGCAUCACUGAGAGAAGAAAUGAACGUAAUAAAGCGUGAAAAUGAAUCAUUAAAAACUAAAGUAGCCUCUCUUCGAUCGAGUUCUCAAAGAUUUACUGCUAUCCCGACAAAGCCAAGAGAAAAGAUUUCUAUUCAGCCUUCAAAUGUAUUGAUUAUGACCAACUUCCAGCAGCACAAGAGAGAUGGUAAUUGGUGGUACUCCCCUCCAGUCUACACCCACCCCUGGGGGUACAAGAUCUGCCUGGGGGUGUGUGCCAGGGGGUUUGGAAACAAUUCACAUGUCUCUGUAUUCGUCUACCUAAUGCGAGGAGAACAAGACGAUCAUUUAACAUGGCCGUUAAGAGGCACCAUUACUUUUCAGCUGCUGGACCAGACGGGAGGAGAGAAUCACAAGUUUCAUCAGUGUGUCUAUGACGACAGUGUGGAGCUAAAGAACUGUGAGCAAGUGAGAUAUGGUGAGAGGGCCAACAGUGGUUGGGGGGCACCCACUCUGAUUGCACACAGCGCUCUGAAGCCUCAAUAUCUGAACAGGGACUGUCUGAGGUUCCAAGUAUCCAGUGGAGAAGUACACAUUAAUGUGUGUGAAUAGUUACCCUAUAGCUAUAUACAAGUUAGAGCUUUCUUUGAUAAUUAUUUCGUUUGAUUGUUUUAUGAUUUUAGGUUGUGUAUUUUUUACAUUGCAACAUGUAAGUAUUGAAUGUUUUUUCAGAG